AGAUUUCGAUGGAAAUGAUUGAAUGAAUGUUUGUCUUCAUGUUUGGGUGAUGGAUAAAUUCCAAGAGCAUACAAGCAACUCUUUCCUGGUCUGAGUAAUUUAAGCAUAAAGGCAUGUUUUUGUAGGAAACCGAAACUAGCAUAGCAAAGUACUCAUGGGUAAGAGAAAGGAAGAAAGCAUUUCAAAGCCUGGACCCAAUAAAAGGCAGAGACAAGAAUACACAGAUGAACAAAGUGAUGAGUCUAACGACGAAGAAAUUUCAUCACCUGACAGUAAUUUCUCUGUAGUGUCGACUGCAGGGGAAGUUGGGAUAAUUGAAAGUAUCCAGCUGAAGAACUUCAUGUGCCAUUCGAUGUUGGGGCCUUUUCAGUUUGGAUCAAAUCUCAAUUUUGUUGUGGGGAACAAUGGAAGUGGAAAAAGUUCUGUAUUAACUGCCCUUAUUGUUGGACUUGGUGGAAAAGCCACUGCAACUAACAGAGGUUCUUCAUUAAAAAUGUUUGUACGAGAUGGAGAGACUUCUGCAGAUAUUUCCAUAACAUUGCGAAACCAAGGCAGAGAUGCAUUUAAACCAGAAGUGUAUGGUGACUCUGUUAUUGUGAACCAGCACAUUAAUUUGGAUGGAAGCAGAAGUUACAAACUGAAAAGCAAAUCUGGGACCGUAGUUUCUUCAAAGAAAGAGGAACUUAUAGCAAUACUGGAUCACUUUAAUAUACAGGUAGAUAAUCCUGUGUCUGUUCUAACCCAAGAGAUGAGUAAGCACUUUUUACAGUCUAAAAAUGAAGGUGACAAGUACAAGUUUUUUAUGAAGGCAACUCAGCUGGAACAAAUGAAAGAAGAUUAUACAUCUAUUAUGAAAGCUAAAAAUAAUACAUGUGAUCAGAUAGAACAAGGAGAACAGCGUCUUCAAGAACUUAAGCAGCUUUAUUGUGAAAAAAAGGAUCGUUUCAAAAGCCUUGGGUUUGUGAAUGACAUGCGAAAUCAUCUUGAAGAUUUGAAACAUAAAAUGGCUUGGGCAGUGGUGGGUGAGAUGGAAAAAGAAAUACAGCCAAUCAAAGAAGUCAUCAGAGCUGAAGAAGGAAAUACAGAGAAGUUUGUUCAGAGACUAGAAGAAUGCCAGAUAAAAGUCAAUGAAACAGAAGAGAAGUACAAAGCAAUACAAGACAAGUUAAUAACAGUAAGUGAGGAAGCACAAGCUCUGCAUCCUCAGUGUGUGUCUUUGAAGGCUGAUGUGCAGGCAAAAAGAAAAGCAGUCAAUGAAGCUGAGGUACUUUAUAAUCGUUUCAAAACUGAGUUAAAACUUUUGGGAAAAGAUGAUGAACAGCUACGUAAAAGAAUUGAAGAACUGAAAAGCAGUGCUAAUCAGGUUUCAGAGCCUGAAAAAUUGGAAAGACAAAGGAAAAUCGCACACUUAAGGGAACAGUUAAAAGCAUUCCAUAAUGAAGAUGUAAUUAUCAGUCAAGAGGUGGAUCAGUUUCAACAGGCUAUAUCUAAGUGUAAGGAGGAACAUACUAGACUUGAGAGAGAAGCCUGUGACACGAGAGAAGCACUGGAUGUCAAGCAGAGGCAGCUGAGAGAGCUGAAGGACAGUAAAACAAAUACCUUGAAAAGAUUUGGAGCACAUACGCCAAUGCUUCUUGAAGCAGUUGAAACAGCCUAUAGGCAAGGGUGCUUUAGACACAAACCUAUCGGACCUUUAGGUGCUUUCAUUCAUCCAAAAGAUGCUGAACUGACCUUGGCUAUUGAAUCUUGUUUAAAGAGCCUAGUUCAGGCAUUUUGCUGUGAUAACCACAGUGAUGAAAGAGCUCUUCAGCAACUGAUGUCAAAAUAUUAUCCACAUGGAUUUAGACCUCAAAUAAUUGUAAAUAAAUUUCAGAGUAAAGUUUAUGACGUUAGGCACAGAGCAGUUAAUCAUCCAGAAUUCCCAUCGGUUCUCACAGCAUUGGAAAUAGAUCAUGCAGUGGUUGCCAAUUGUUUGAUCGAUGUGAGGGGCAUAGAAACAAUCCUGCUGAUUAAAAGUAGCCGUAAAGCUCGUGAAGUAAUGCAGUUCAAUCGGCCCCCAAAGAAUUGCAGAGAAGCUUUCACUGCUGAAGGUGACCAGGUAUUUGAAAGACGAUACUACUCUUCUGAUUACCUGAGACCCAAGUUCCUAGGCAAAGAUGUUGAAGCAGAAAUAAGUCACUUGGAGAAAGAAAUUGAAAACAAAAAGGCACAGAUAACAGCAUCUCAUCAACGUUUACGUUCCAUUGAAAAUGAGGUUAAGCAGAAUGAAAGUCAUCUUCGUGGUCAUCGACAACACCAAAAAGAACUACAGAUAAAAAUAAGAACAACAAAUGCAGAAAUAGCAGAUCUUGAAAAUAUGGAAGAACACCAGUCAGUGGGCAUCCGUACACUAGAAGAUGAAGCUGAAGAAAAUAAGAGUAAGAUGGAAUCUGUAAAAAAAGACAUGCAGCAACAAAGCAGAAAAAUGGAAGAACUGAAAAAUAUUGUUCAGGUAGCUGAAAAAAAAUUUGAAGAAAUGAGAGAAAAAAUUCAUCAAGUAGAAGAAAUUGCUGGUCCAAUUAAGGAUGAAUUAAACCAAGCUGACUCGGAGGUGGAAAACAGUAAGCGCCGUUUGCAGCACUAUGAAGAGAAGCAGAAAGAACACUUGGCUUGCAUAAAGAGGCACAAGGAUUUACUAGCUGCCAAAGAAAAAGAAUUAGAGGAAAAAAUUGCACAAGCAAAGCAAAUCUACCCCGAGCGCAUAGAGGUCAGCAGGACUGUGAAGAGUCUUGAUGCGGAAAUGAAUCGCUUGAGAGAGAGGAUAAAUUCAGAAAACGAUCGCCAUGGAAACAGAGAAGAAAUAAUACAGCAAUUUCAUGAUGCAAAGGAAAGAUACAAGGCUGCAAACAGUAAAGUAAAGAAUUUAAAGAAUUUUAUUAGGCUGCUGGAAGAAAUAAUGACCCAGAGAUUCAAAAUAUAUCGGCAAUUCUUAAGGCUUCUUUCUUUACGAUGCAAACUCUACUUUGACAAUUUGUUACGGAUUCGGGCUUGCUCUGGAAAAAUCAUUUUUGAUCACAAGAAUGAGACACUGUCAAUAACAGUUCAGCCUCGAGAGGAAGACAGAGCUGCCCUUAAUGAUGUGAGAUCCUUAUCAGGAGGUGAACGUUCCUUCUCAACAGUUUGUUUCAUUCUCUCUCUCUGGUCCAUCACCGAAUCUCCUUUCAGAUGCUUGGAUGAAUUUGAUGUCUACAUGGACAUGGUUAACAGAAGAAUUGCAAUGGACAUGAUUCUCAAGGUGGCUGACUCUCAGCGGCAUCGACAGUUCAUUCUGCUCACCCCACAACACAUGAGUUCUCUGCCUACGAGUUCCCGUAUUCGAAUCCUCCGAAUGCAAGACCCUGAAAGAGGCCAAAGGACAUUGAAUUUCCAAAACAGGAAAGACAAAGAGGACGAUCAAUAAUUAUCUGUGUGUAUAAUUAUGGCCUAAUGUUGAAGAUAAGUGUGUAAGGAUGCGUGUAAAGUUAUUACUUCCUGCUGUAAUAAGAGGAUCUUUUGUUAGAUACUUUAAUGAAAAGAAGAGGUUCCUGUAUUUUUAAUUUUUUUUAUUUUUAAGAAUUACUCUGUGUGUACAGACCAAGAAUAAGCACAGUGUUGAUGAUGAGAAGUGUCAGUUGACACGCAGGAGUGUUCAGUUGAUAUUUUUAACUACCAAUUAAUAGAAUUUUUUAUCAGUUGUUCUGUUUUUUCUUCUGGAAAAGAUGAAGUAUAUUUUGAAUAACUAUGGAAUACUAUUUUAAUAAACAGUGAGAACUAGUACCUGUGGCAAUGUUUCAGUGUCUCUACACACUUAAAAUUAGCAUUCAGUUAAAAAUGUUGUUUUCUUCCUAGCUCUGCUUGAUUUCUUAAACGUGUGCUAAUUAGCAUGAAGUAAAAUAAGAAUUUUGGGAAAUAAUACAGUGACAUUUCUACAGCAUUGCAGGCCUGCGUUUCGUUGGGUGUCCCCCACUUCUUGUCCCCUCCAGCCCUCUUCCGGGACUAGACUAGAGCAGUUAAAAUGAAUUUGCUUUACUUAAAUAAUACAAGCCUUUAUUGGGGAUAAGAGGGAGAAAGAACCAGAUUUUUCAAACUGCCCCAAAUUAACUUUUUUUUUUUUUCUUUUGUUCUCCUUUCUCCAGGAACUCCAACUUGAAAUUGUUGGGAGCUCUUCAAAAACAGGCACUUUACUUAGAGUUCAACCAUUAGACACUUUUUCUUUUUUUUUUGUUUUCUUUUUUUUGACUCUAUGGGGAUACAAAAGCCAUUGAGACUAUUCAGAGGACAGCUCUGCAGUGUCUACAGUUAUUUACCAAAUAGCAAUUCCUCAAUAAAACCUCAUUGCAGUGUAAGUUUUACCUCAAGUUUGCAGCUGGUUUUGGUUUUAGCCAUUGCACAGUAUUUUGUGUUCUUUAAUGUUGUUCAGUCUUUACACAAGCAUCUGUUUAACUCGUAGAUGUGUCCAUAGUAUGGAAGUCAGGGAUGAGUUGAAGGAAGUACACGGAGAAAGCAAAUGGCAGUUCUAGUGCAUUCAAACUGUAGGGAUUAAGUCUCGUGAUCUUUUGAAGGCUCCACGUGUUUAACUGUGAAAGCCCAGGGUCUGGGCCAACGGCCUCAGAGCGGCUUUGAGGGGGUCACUGACAAAACAGAGCCAGGCCCUUUGCUGAAGCGCGUGGUGGGAGAGACAGAGCAGCCAUGAACUGAGGUUUGGAGGUUCUGGCUGGAUAAACUGAGGGGAUGAUGCUUCGUAUCUUCAUCGUUCCUGAUGGAGAUAAGAGGCAUUUGAGCGUGUUGUCCUGAUGGGCUGGAGAAUCUCCAUCCUCGGAGACUUUCCAGGUCUGAACAGACUGCUGCACCUCCUUCAAGCAGGAUGAGAGGCCUCUGGAGGUCUCUACCAAACUAAGCAGUUCUGUAAUCCUGUGAUUUGAUGAGAUAGAUAUUAAAGAUACUUACAACUUGUUUAGGAUUAUGUGGAGAUACGGGAGGAGGGGUGGGAAGCCACACAAAGUGCAUACUUGGCAAAACUUGCCUGGAACCCAGUUUGUUUGUACUGGGAGGCCUCCAUCCUCUUACAGGAUGAUGAACCACAUUCAGUUUGACUCCUUUUUGUGAUGCAACUAGAAUGUUUCAGACCCUUUUACAAUAUGAAUUGGCAGAGUGGCAGAGCAUUGCUUCCUCCUCAUUUUCUUCAGCAUCCAAAAAGAUAAAGCAGGAGUGGAGGGGCAGGAGAAAGCAGAGCAUUUCUCUUCAUUAGUACUUCUAUAAUGAGCUGUGUGGAGAAAAUUGCUUCAGGAACAUUCUGGCAUCCUCCUGAGCUAACGCUGCAGCUUUCUCCCAAGUUUUCUGUAGACUUACUUGAAAUAGCGGAGCAGUUGCAACAAUUCUGGUCUUUGGUUCAAAUCAAUAUCUUGUAUUUAUUCUGAUCUACCCCUGUGUGUGAGGGAAGGUGUGUCUGACUGUGUGUUCUCAGCAGCUGUUUUCAUGGUAGAGGAUUAGUUCUGAAUAAACAGUUACCAAAGCACUUCCUCGGAUGCACCUAUUUUUGCAGCGAUCCUAUUAAGGUCUCAAAACUCCCUUAUUCUUGUUAGUUUAAGUACAGAGUUUACCAUUGCAGCUCCCCAGAGAGAGAACUGCCGUCCUGCUCUGACAUUUGGUCUUUGAGCUGUUGGCCAUUUUGGAUGGUGACGCGUUGCCUAAUGCUGCAUUAAAGAAAAUGGAGCUUGUCCACCUGCAACAAUGGAAGGUGCUGGCAAAUGUACGUUGAGAUACUGCUUCUCUAGUCAGUGUAUGUAAACCUGUUCCCUCAAACAUUCAGCAUCCUCUCUCUAUGACUAAUUUAAGCCUAAGUGGAAAAAAACGGGCAUCUCAUUCUCAGAAGGAGGUAACAUUUUUCAGAAUGCGGGUUUUAUUUUUAAGUUGCAGCCAAAGGUACAAAGUGUGCCACUUUCCUAUUUGCUAAGAACGUUACCUGUGUAGUCCAAGGAAAGUUCUGGUGUUAAAAAUAUAGUUGAAAUUUCUGCCUUUUGCUGUUUGCUUGGAAUAUUUAAGAAGAAACUUAAAUGCGAGAGGAUGGCUGUGGUUGUGUCAACAAUUGAUUCCGUGUUUUCCCCCUCCCCCAUGUGUAAAACUGUUUUUUGCGGGUUCUUUUCCUCCAUUUUAGGAUGAGAUUCAUUAAAAAUUUGAAAAUACAGAGAA